GCCAAGGAAAAGCAUCCGCUACUCCGUCCGGUCUCUCUCCGGGAACGCAUAAAUAAACGCCGGCCUGUUUCCCCUCCUCUCUGACCUCUCUCCGCUCUCGCCAUCGUUGAUUCUUCUUUUGCAGUCUUGCUUUUGCCAGCCCGAAGCAUCAAGCAUCUCUCCCCUCUGAUCUCUCACCCAAACAGCAUCGACACGUGAGCGCGGUGCCGAGACAGGGGGGCGUCGAGCGCGGAGCAAAGAAGCCCAGCCAGCAGCUUGCAAGCCGCGGCGCCGCUCGCUGACCAGCGUCGUCGUCGGCAGGCACCGGCCGGCAGCGAUGGGCCCGCCGCGGGUUGACAAGCGGCGGUUCGCGGCGUGCGCGGCGGUGUGGCUGCUCGCGUUGACCGCGGCGGCGGCGGUCGGGGAGGGGGGCUUGGUGCGGCCGCAGGGGCCGGCGCGGCACCGGCACGCGUACGCGGCGAUGAUGUACAUGGGGACGCCGCGGGACUACGAGUUCUACGUGGCCGUGCGCGUGAUGAUGCGCUCCCUGGCCCGGGUCGGCGCCGACGCAGACCGCGUCCUCAUCGCCUCCGCCGACGUGCCCCGCGACUGGGUCCGCGCAAUGACAGAGGAGGAUGGCAUGAGGGUGGUGAUAGUGGAGAACCUGAAGAAUCCUUAUGAGAACAACCUUGGUGGGAUCAACAGGAGGUUCAAGCUUACACUGAACAAGCUCUAUGCGUGGAGCCUUGUCGAGUACGAGCGUGUCGUCAUGAUUGACUCCGACAACAUCUUCCUCCAGAACACCGACGAGCUCUUCCAAUGUGGACAGUUCUGUGCUGUUUUCAUUAACCCAUGCUACUUCCACACCGGUCUUUUCGUGCUCCAGCCUUCUAUGGAUGUAUUCAAGGGCAUGCUUCAUGAUCUGGAGAUUGGCCGAGAAAACUCUGAUGGUGCUGACCAAGGCUUUCUGGUUGGGUGUUUCCCGGACUUGCUCGACAAACCAAUGUUUCACCUUCCUGAGAAUGGCACGAAGCUCAAUGGGACGUACCGCCUUCCUCUUGGCUAUCAAAUGGAUGCGUCCUACUACUACCUCAAGCUGCAUUGGCAUGUCCCAUGUGGGCCAAACAGUGUGAUCACAUUCCCCAGCGCCCCUUGGUUUAAACCUUGGUACUGGUGGUCCUGGCCAAUCUUGCCAUUGGGCCUUUCCUGGCACAAGCAGCGCUGGGACGAUCUUGGGUAUGCUGCUGAAAUCCCAGUGAUCCUGAUGGAGGUACUAAUGUACAUAGUGAUCAUAGCCCUGGCCAGAUUGACAAAACCAGGGAUGACGAAACUGUGCUACAGCCGGCGACCUGAGAAGCAAAGUGCCCUUUUUCAGUGGCUGAUCAAGCUGACCGCGAUCGUGGCUAUGGUGGCUGCAUAUGCCAUCCCAUUCUUUGUAAUCCCACGCACAGUUCACCCAAUCAUGGGCUGGUCUAUCUACCUCUUUGGUGCACUCGCCUUGUCAGUGCUCGUGAUCAAUGUUUUCCUGCUCCCUGCACUUGCCGUGCUCACGACCUGGCUCGCAAUUUUCGGCAUGCUCUUAGUUAUGGCAUUCCCAUGGUAUCAUGAUGGUGUUGAGAGGGUUCUGGCAGUCUUUGGAUAUGCAUUCUGCUCUGCGCCAUUCUUGUGGACAUCCGUGGUGAGGAUGAUGGACUCAUUGCAGACGAUGCUUGAGAGGGAUCCAUUCUUCCCCCGGCUUGGUGAAGCAUCACAGGAAACUGAAUUCAGCAAACUGUACUGAUUCUUUUUUUGCACAGAAUUGACAGGGGAUUGUUGUAAAUUACCGUUUGUCUUCCAACUUGGACAGUUCAAACUAUUUUUGACCAA